AUGGGAGACAUUAGAGAAAACUUUAUCACGAGAACGGCAGGUAAUUUAGAAUAAUAUUAUAAGCUACCCAAUUUUAAUUUUUUUGUAUAUGUAUCUACGUACAUUUAGGGAAUUAUUUUGGACUAGAUACAAUUGAUGAAAAAAAUAUUUUAAAAUCAGGUACUGAAUACCUAAAUGCAUUUUUGAAUUCAUCUAAUUGUUGUACGUUAUACAUAAAAAGUACGGACACAAAUACACUCGAGGCAAUUGAGAAAAUUGUAAGUGAAACAAAAACACUAUGAUUUGUUAAUUGCAUAGGUAUUAUUGUAUCGGAAUUUAGAAUUAUAAAAUUUUAUUAAUAAUUACACUAAUUUAUUAUAUGACAACCGUGUUCUAUUUAUUUCUAGACUUUUCAAAAAGAUCAAAAUCAUAAAAUAAUAGUAUUUUAUAAAAUACGACCAGAAAGUAUAACGGAGCAAAAUUUACACUCUAUUAUAUGCGUAUAUUCCAUGUUGGCUUCUCCAACAGAAGCUCUCUAUCAUAGCUUACAUUACAUAUACGCACCAUCGCUUUUAAAAGUAAUUUUAAAUAUAUUUUUAUUAUGCGUAUUAUAUACUAUUUACGAGAUUUUUAUCAAUAUUUUAACUAUUCAUAGGAUACAGAAUCAGAAACAAAACUAGACCCAAAAUUGCAAUGUCUUAUUUCAGAUCUAGAGAUGAGCCUAAAAACAACCAUUUUUAAGUCAUCAUUUAAUCAAUCAAAUAAUUUAAUAGAAUCACAUUUAGGAGGUAAUUAUUUAACAAAAAUUUAUAUUAUAUAAACCACAGCCAUAAAUAUCAACACUAUUUAUUCAUUUUUGUAGCUAUUUUGGAUAUUGAGGACGAAGCAGAUUAUUGGUCUGUAGUUAAAAAACAUACAAAGAAUAAAGCAGAGUUAAUAGCAGCUGAAAAAAUGUGUUCAUUAUUUAUUCCAGUAGCAAAACAACUAAAGUACCCAAUAUUUGAUUAAAUCAAUUAAUAAACAACUAUUUUAUUACUAAAACAAUUUAUUUAGAGAAUCAAAUAUUCAAGACUUGGAAGAAUGCUUAGAAAACAUUUAUAAUUGUUUUGAUGAUGUAUGGAAAAUUGAAGAAAUUAAAUAUCCUCAAUCUAGAAUGGAACACUUAUUUGAAGUUAUUGGAAACGGUAUAAUCAAAUUAAUACAACGAACAACAAAUAAUAUGAAUAUUUGGACUGGGGAUUCAAAUGAAAACAUCGACAUUUUGAAAUUGUGUAAAACAACUUGUAAUAAAUGGAUUAAAACCUGUGAACAGCUAACUGUACUGUACUGGCCCAAUUAUUCAUAUCAUAAAUGGAUGGGCCCAAAAUACUUGCCGGAAAAUUUAAUUUUGUUUUCAAAUCAUAUAGAAGAAGUUUGUAUUUAACAAAAUAGUUAAUUCGUUUUUAUUAUUAAAUAUUUUAUUGAUCUUAGAUAAUAUCAAUUUUAUGUGUCAACUAUCAAAUGAUAAAAUUGUUAACUGUCUAUGAACAAGAAAAGUUAAGAACAGCAGAAAAUUUGAAAUCAUUUAUUGGUAAGAAUUCAAAGUUCUUUAAUACGUUUAUUUAUUAAUCGUGUAUACAAAUAAUUACAAUUUUAUUUUAAGAAUUUAAUGAUGUAAGCCAAUUAAAUAAGUAUACAAAAGAAACGUGGACGACAGCUGUUGACAAAUUUGAACAGAAAUUACAACCAGCCGAAGAUUUAAUUGCUGGAAAACUUCGAAAUUUGAUUAAUCGUAAAAAAUCAAACACAGUUGAAGUAAGAAAUUAUGUUUUUUUUUUUUUUUUGGUCACUCCAAUUUGUAGUAGAUCAAUAAUUGGGUUUUUCAACAGCUAAUUCACGAAUUUAUUCGUUAUCAAGAAAUAAUAGAAAGACCUAAAAUAUAUGCUCAGCUUAAAGGAGAAUUGGAAAAUUUCUUAAAUUGUUUAAAAAAGAUUAUUGGCGCAAUGGGUGAUGUUGAUGGAGAAUAUACACACAAAAUUAAUGUACUAGAAUUAGCUGGUUUAGAACCAAUUAUAAGAAAUUUAUAUUCAUUAAAACAACAGGAAGCUAAGGUAGGUACUAUAUAACAUUAAAAUAAUAGGUAUUGAAAACUUAUAUUAGGUGCUAUUAUUUUUGUAGUUAUAUUUAAUUGAAAUAAUAUUAUAUGUUAAUUUUAGUUGAACGAUAUCGAAAAAGUUAGCAACCGUAUACUUGUACAUUUAAAUGAUUAUCUACAACUAAAAGAAACAAUAACAAUCCAAAAAAAAAACAUAAGCAGUAUGAUUACGGAUACUUAUAAUAAUUGGAUCAAAGACAGAAAAUCUGCGAUCCAAAAUAAAAGUUUUAGGUAGGUUUAAAUGUUAUAAAUACAAAACGUUAACACUAAUAUUAACAUUUUGUAAUUAAAUAUUUCGUCGGCUUAGAAUUAAAAGAAUGUAUCAAUCAAAAAGAGAUUUUUGUUUUUAAUGUACAUUAAUCAAUUUUUUAAAACAAUUUUUAUUAACCAUUUUACUAGAAAUGUAUAUUUAAUUUUAAAAAAAUAUUUUGCCUUUCUUGAAAAAGUUGCAUUUAGUUGAAACGUACUUUUAAUUCUAAGCUGAUAAUUUGUUACUGUUAGUUAAAAAGUAAUUAUAAAAUAUAACUACUCAAAUGCAUAUAUUUUAGUUUUUAUAUAUACCUAUAUUUAUUGCUUACCAUAGAUAUUACCCACUUAACCAUAAAAACAUAAACUAAAGUUUCUAUUUUAAAUAAAUAUUAUCGAUUAACAUUGUUUUACUUAAUCAUUGAUUUUAUAAUAUACCUAUAUAAAGUUUUAAAAUAAUUAUACUCGAAUAAUUGUCAAUGGGAUUCCUUUUUUUUCAUGCAUACAACACUUAUGAUAGGCUUUAACACAUGGAAUAAACAAGUGUUCAAAACUUAAUUACAGCCUUAAAAUAAACACUUGAAAAAAAAAUUUAAAAAAAAUAAAAAAACCUUUUAAAAAGAAUUCUUUUAAACUAUCAAAAUAAACAAAAAAAAAUACCCCAUUCAAAUUUCAUUUUUGAACUCUUAGCAUGUCAUUCAUUUUGAUAGCACUCGGCUAGACAUAAUGAAAUGCCCGAAAAAAAGCAAAUGUUAUUAGUACAGAACUCUUUCUAUGUGUCAUGGUUAUUAUCUUUAAAUAUAAAUUUAAAAAAACGCACAAGAUUAGCUGAUUAUCCUUACAGUUAAGAUAAACAUAAAAAUAUAUAUAUACACUAUACAUAAUAUUAUUAACAUAAUCAGUGAUGGAUUUAAGGGGAGGGGUCCAGGGUAUUUGGACCCCCUCAAACACUGAUAAUUUCAAUAAAAACAUAUCUAAAAAAGGCAUCUAUUUUUAGAUACUUUUGAAAUACAUAUAAUUUAUCAGUACCCCUCUUAGAAAAAUGUUGAAAAUUCGUUAUUAAACAUAAUAUAGGUACUCAUAUGGAUACUAACAUUUAAUCAAAAUGACAAAUAAUAAAAUUAUUCAUAGUAUAACUGUCCAAUUAACUUAUUUAAAGGUUGAAUUCUGAUGAGUCUGUAAUCUACUUUCAAUCUGAUAAACUUAUGAAAGUUAAUUUUAAUCCAGAUAUAGAACUAUUAAUAAGAGAAGUAAAAAUGUUAAAAAUUCUUGGCUACAAUAUUCCCCCGGAAAUAGAAAAUGUAUCGGAAACAGGCAGUAAAUUUCUACGCCAAGCAAAAUCUCUUGAACAAGUACAAUUCUAUACUUUACAUAUAUAUAAAAAAUGAUUACAAUCAAAAUAAAUUCAAUUACAGAUAGCUUCAUUCCACAAUACAAUAGGAGAUCGAAUGAUUCCAUCCCAAAGACCGAUGAUGUUAUCAUCAGCAGUUGAGUUGUUAAAUUUGGUCAAACGACAAAAAUCAGUUAAGUGGUCCGAUAUUCGUUCUGUUAAUACCUAUAUACUUGAAAUGCGAAAAAUUAUGGAAAAGAUAUCAGUUGAAAAUCAAUCAUUAGCCAAUUAUCAUCAAGUAAUAUCUAAUAAGGUAGGUAAAAUAUUUUUGUUGGUACCUACUGGCUACCUAUAUUUUUGCAGUUAUUACAAUAGGUCCAGUGCAAGAACCUGGUAUUUCUAUAAAUUAAAAUUGUUCAGGAGGCACAAAAAUGUAAAUAAUUCAAUUUCUAAUAAAGAUAUAAAAAUUUUAAAAAUAUAUAUAAGUUUUCCAUAUGAAGUUUUAACUAUACAUAUACCUAGUCCAUUACAUGUCAUUUUAUAUAUUAUAUAGUAAUAUCUAAUAAUAUACAUAUAAUCUAUAUACAGAGUGAUUUUUGUAUCAAGAACCAGCAAUUUUCUUGGGGGAUUUUAAGUGAAUUUGAUUUCUGUUUUUUAAUCAUUAUGGAAUUGAUUAAACUUUAUUUUUUAUCCCAACUCCAUAUACUUUAAAUAAGUAUAUACUUUUGUUUUUCAAAUAAGAAACAUACAAUAUAUACAAUUAUACAAAUAGGGUAACGUUAUCAUGCAAUUUAUUACUCUUCCCUAAUCCUCUAGUCUUAACUUUAAAUAGUUAUAACUCAUAAACGGUAAAUCUGAUAUUAAUUUUAUGCAUAUCAAAAUGUCUAGAGAAAUAUUCUCUACUCAAACCUGUGUUCAAAAAAUGGGGGUUCUUAUUUUAAAAAUAAAUAUAUCUACUUAUUUAGGUAUGUAGGUACCUACAUGGAGUAGGAGUAAAAAAUUAAAAAUGGUUUUGAAAUAAAGCUUAACCAAUUUCAUAAUGAUUAAAAAAAAACAGAAAUCAAAUUCACUUUAAAUUAUCUGAGAAAAUCUUACACUGUUAGUAAAAUUAUUUUAUUCACAAUAUACAGUGAUUUAUAUACCACGAAAUGAAUAUUGAAGGUCAAGGUUUUACAAUUAGGAUUUUAUUUUUAACCAAAUUUAAAGUCCUUUUUGUUCAAACAUAUUAUAAUAACUAUAUAUAUUGUAAUAGCUUAAAAUUUAAUAAAAAACCAAAAACAAAAAUAAAUAUUUCAAAAAGUUUAUUUAGUAAAUUAAUGGAUUGUGAUAAACAAAAAUUACUCAAUAUAAUUUAUUUUUUAUGUUAAUAAAAUUAUAUAUUUUUUAGAUUAUCAAUCUUAUGAGUAUAGAUAUUUUACAAGAUCAAUAUCAAUGGAAGCUUGGAUUAAAAAUAAUAAGAGAUAUUGUAAGACAAGUCGAGGAAAAGGUAAUACAAUGUGUAAAUUUACGUUUAUAUAUUUACUAACUUUAUUUACAUAAAAACUCAAUUAUUUUUUAAGUUCUCAAAUUGUGAAGCAUGGAAAACACAUUUGGAUUAUCAAUUGUACAAAGCUUUAAACCAUAGAUAUCAAAUUGGACUCGAAGCUUUAAAUCAACAUUUACCUGAUUUUAAAAUAGAAAUUGUUUAUAGGUAAUUAACUAAAAUAAAUACAUUUAAAUUUAAAAAUAUUUAUAAUGUAUAUUAAAUAUGGUAUUAGGCAGCGACAACUUAAGUUUUCCCCUCCAAUAGAAGAGAUACGAAUGAAAUAUUUUUCUCAGCUAAAAAAAUUUAUAUCUAUGCCAAUUGGCUUUCAUGGUAUAGUUGAUUCAUCUAAUUCUAUAUUUGUAUCCAUUGUAGAUCGGUAUGUAAAAUUAAUAAUUUUGUAAUUAAACUAAUGAGUUUUUUUUUUCUUUUUAAUGAGAUUUGUUUACAUUUUUUAUAAGCAAUGCUCCUAAAUUUACACAAUUAUUCUCAAGAGCCGAACAUUUAUUUGAAAAACUAGAAGAUAUUUUAAAAGAAUGGGAAAGUAGAGUUGCACUCGGAUCAAUUGAUAUGGAGAAAAUGAUUCAAGAAACUAUUAAAACAGCACACGACUGGGAAGUCAAUUUUAGAUCAUCAAAAUCAUGGGGCCAACAAAUAGCUAAAUUCAACUGGUUUGUUUUCUAUUUCUAUAUGAAAAUAGUAUACUUUAUUUAUAUAUUUUUUCACUGUAGUGCUGAGUUGAAUGUUGAAUGUUUUAUUGUGAGUACUGCAGCUGUGCGUUUAGAGUUAGAAACACAUAAUCGCCGAUAUUGGGAUACUUUGUCAACUUUUUUGCAUUCUUCAAUUUUAUUUGAUAUUGCCAAUUUAAACAAAUUUAUCGAGGAAUCAAACAACACUCUUCAAAAACAGUCCUCAUCAGCAAAAGAAGUGAACAACAAUCAUCAAAAAAUUGUUGAUGCGUCAAAUGAAGUAAAAUAGUUCUUGAUUUUAAAUUGACACAAAUUUAAAUUAUUUUAUUUUAGAUGAAUCUUCUAGUUUUAGAAAUGAUAAAAAAACAAAAGGUUUUAUCAAAUUGGACAAAUGAAAAAGUAGAUAAAAUGAAUAAAGCAUUAUCUGACUGGGAAAACUUUAAAAAUGUCCUAGAAAAUCAUCAAAUGAUUAUGAAACAACAGAUAGAAAAUAUGAAAAGCAAUUUAACUACAGAAAUGCAAAAAGUUUUGACUAUGUUCGAUACCUUCCAUUCGAGAUGGCAACAAUACAAACCAAAAGGGUUUGAAGAUGAAAAUAACUCUAAAUUAAAAAAAGUGGUCGAUUUUUUAAAAAAUAGCCGUGCUGAAUGGAAUAUGUUAAAAGAACAAAAAGAAAAAAUAGUGUACGAUUAUCAAAAUGUUAUUCACAAUAUAAUGUUUUUUUUAGAAUUUAUAAAUUAAUUUGUAUAACCCAUACUUUUUAAUUAUAUUAAAUGAUUGGUAUAAAAUGUAAACAGUACCAAUGCAAAUGUAUUUUCUCACUUUAGGAACGAUUGUAAAGAUGCUUACAUUGAUAUACUAGACUUCAGUAUGUAUGACUUAAUAGAGAAUGAUAUGGAGUAUUUGGAAAACAUAUGGGGAGUAUAUGAGGGAUUUAAUUCAGGUUAAAAUACAUGAACAAAAUUAAUACAAAAUAAAGUAAAAAUAACUUUAAAUACAAUUUUCAGAUUUGCAGACCAUUGGACAAGAAGAAUGGCUCGGAUUUCGCAGUAAAGCAUAUAAAAAAAUGAUAGAUUUUAUUUUAAAUUGGGAAGAAAAAUUAAAAGAAACACCUGUAUCUCCAUUGACGAUUAAAAUACAUAAUGAAUUAGAAUCGCUUAGGGUAAUUGAUCAUAUAAAAUGUAUUGUUAAAUAAGCAGCUACCUAUUUGUUAUGAUAUAUUGGUUUUAGGCUUUUUCGCUUUGCAUUAAAUAUGUUCAAGGUGAAACUUUUACUGAAAAACAUUGGAUAGAAAUGUUUUCAAUUAUUGGAAUUUCAUAUAAACACAUUGAACAGUUAAAAUUUGAAGAUUUUAUUUUAGUAAAAGACAGUAUUAAAGGAAAGCAAACUAGUUUACAGGUAAAAUAAUAAAAGGUUAACAUCAAAAUAAGGAUUGAAAAAUAAUAAUGUUUGAUAAUAAUUAAUAGGAAUUGAAUACCAAGGCAGCUAGUGAAAUUACAAUCAGACAAGCACUAUCUGAAUUAGAAAUUUGGGAAUUUGAAACAAAUUUUUCUACUAUAAAUCAUAUUGAUUCUAAAGGCCAGACCAUUCGUAUCAUUAGUGACUUUAAAACUAUAUUAAAUUCAGUAAUUAAAUACAUUACAUUUAUAUUUUUCUAAAUUAACAAUGCAAAUCGUUUAACUCUAUAAAUACAUAUAUAUUUUAUAAAGUAAUUAUAAAUUAUACUUCAUUGUAUUUUUUUUUAAUAUAGAUUGGAGAAAAACAAUGUUUGUUACAAUCAAUAAAAAAUACUUCAAAUGAUGAACAAUUUUUAGAUAAAUCAAGUAUAUGGGAAGGUAAAUUAAUGGAACUUGAUACUUAUUUAAGGCAAUUUUCUCAUAUACAAAGAAAGUGAGUUAAUUAAAAAUUUACAUUUAAAAAACGUAUUAUUGAUAUUUUAUUGAUUUUUCAUAUUAUGAUAGAUGGCUGUAUUUAGAUCCAAUAUUUGGAAGUGGUGCAUUAAAAAUUGAUAAAGAAGUUAAAUUAAGGUUUGAUAGAGUAGAUAGAGAUUUUAAAUAUAUAUUACAGCAAUCAUUAGACUCAAAAAUGUUACAAUUUUUGAAAAUAAAUAACAUAAAAAAUUUAUUAGAAUCUAUGCUUAAUUUAUUAGCAACAACAAAAAAAAGUUUAAACAAUUUUCUUGAGGUGAAUAUAUUUUGUGUUUACUUUAUACUGAAUUAAUUAAUACUAAAUGUAUAUUACAUAUAUUGUAUAAUGUAAAGGAUAAACGCAGUAGUUUUCCAAGAUUUUACUUUUUAAGUGAUGAAGAUUUACUAGAAAUGAUUGGGCAAACCCAAAAAGUUUCAGUUGUGCAAGCACAUCUUAAAAAAUUAUUUAUUGGUGUACAAAAUGUUCAAUUUGAUUCAUCUGGAAAUAUAAUUGCAAUAGAAUCGCCACAAAAUGAAGUCGUAAAUCUUAUUAAGCCUGUACAAGUUUCUAACCAAAUUGAGGUAGGUAUUGUACUAGUGUGAGAUAUUCAAAUAUUAUUUUUAGUAUCAAAUAAAAUGUAAAUCAAUUUGUAUUUAAUAUUUUUGCCUAGUAGCAUAUAAGUUCAAUUUCAUGAUAAAGUUGUUUUACAAAAACGUAAGUUUAAACCAUGAAAACAAAAAUAAAAAGAUAAAAAAUAUCAAGAAUUUUUGUAAUAUUACUUAAAUACCUACUUACCAAAUUCUGAUUUAUAAUAAGAUAAAUACUACAAAAAAUGCAUUUGUACUUUUAAAUUUUAAAUUAAUUAAUUAAGUUGUAUUUGUUUUUUACAAAUUAAUAAUUAUGAAAAUUAAAAUGAUUUUACAGUAAUUUAAAUUAAUUAAUUUUACAGGAAUGGCUUCAAUUGCUUGUUCAAGAAAUAACAAGUACACUAAAAAUAUGUUUUAUAAACUGUCUCAAAGAACCAGAUCCAUUAAAAUAUCCUUCACAAAUCUUAUGCAUGGUAAACGAAGUUCUUUUCUGUUCAAGAUGUGAAGAAGGAAUAAAAAAACGACAAUUAGAACAGUUGCAAAAGUCUCUUAAAGUAAUUAAAUUAUAGCUUCAAUAAAAAGUUUACAAAAGUAAAUAAAUUGUUCUUAUCAUAAAAACCAACUUUGAAUAUAUACAAAUAUAUUGUUUAAGAAAUUAAUAUUAUAAGUACUUAUACUAUUAUGACUUAUUUCAGAAUCAAUUGGAAACCUACACAACAUUAAAUAUUGAAAGUACUAUUAGUGGAGAAAAUGUAUUACAUUUAAAAAUAAAAGGCUUAAUUUUAGAUACAAUACAUCAUCUUAGUGUAGUAGAUGAACUCAUUAAAUCACGGAUAUCAUCUAUUGAUGAUUGGGAAUGGCAAAAAAGAAUAAGGUUAUUAAUAUCUACAUAGUUACAUUUUAUUGGUUUAGAAUUAAUGUGUUAACAUAAUAACAUUUAAAAGGUUUUAUUCACAUACUGGAGGUGAAAUAAGUAUUAAAAUGGUGGAUUCAGAAUUUUGGUAUUCGUAUGAAUACCAAGGAAUUUCACCUAAAUUAGUCCACACUCCACUCACAGAUAACUGUUAUUUAACCCUUACUCAAGUAAGAAAAAUUAAAAGUAUAUUUAAAACUUAUAAUUGAAUUAAUUAUGUAAUCAUAAUAUUUACUAGGCAAUGAGUAUGGGAUUUGGAGGAAAUCCGUAUGGACCAGCUGGUACCGGAAAAACGGAAUCAGUCAAAGCCCUUGGAUAUCUCUUUGGUCGUCAAGUAUUAGUUUUUAAUUGUGAUGAAGGCAUUGAUAUCAAGUCUUUGACACGAAUUUUAAUUGGUUUGGCAAGAUGUGGCGCCUGGGGUUGUUUUGAUGAAUUUAACCGCCUAGAAGAUUCCACAUUAUCAAUGAUAUCAACUAAAAUACAUCCAAUACAGGAAGCGAUUAAAAAUAAAGAAACUAGUUUUAUUUUAGAUAACCAAAAGGUUAAAUAAAAAAAUUUUUAUUAAACUUACAAAAUACCAUUUAGUUUAAUUUGAGAAUCAAAUUAAUCUAAUUUGAUUAAUAUAAAUAUAUUUCAGAUCAAUAUAAAUUUAAAUGCAGGAAUAUUUGUUACAUUAAAUCCAGCAGGACAAGGUUAUGGAGGUAGAAAUAAAUUACCUGACAACCUUAAACAACUUUUUAGACCUGUGGUUAUGAGUAAACCAGAUCAAACUAUAAUAGCUAAUGUAUCACUUCAUGCUGAAGGCUUUAAACACCCAGAAACUUUAUCUAAAAAACUAGUAGAGACAUUUGAUUCAGCCAAGUAAUAUUUAUUACUAAAUUAUUUUAAAAUAUUACUUUUAGUUAUAAUAUCAACCUUUUUAGGCAAUUAUUAAGUAAUCAACAACAUUAUGAUUGGGGUCUUCGAGCUUUGAAGACAGUUAUUGGUUUUUGUGGUACAAUUUUAAAAGCUUCACCUACAUUAAAAUUACUUUCCGAAGAAUGUUCAGUGGCUGUUCAAGCAUUGGAAUUAAAUACAAUAUCAAAACUAACAUUUGAAGACAGCAUAUUGUUCAAAUCACUUAUUUCAGAUAUAUUUCCAGAAGUAAAAGUAACAAAUAGCCCUCAAAUAUAUGAAAAAUUAAUUCAAAAAAUACGGAAAGCAGCUGAAGACUUGGAUUUACAAUUAAAUCAAAGACAAGUAAAUUAUUGAUUUAGUUUAAAAAUGUACCCAACAUAUACUUAUACAUUUAUAUUGUUUUAGGAACAAAAAUGUAUUGAACUUUACGAACAGCUACAACAACGUAUGGGAGUAGUGGUAAUGGGACCACCAUUAACUGGAAAAACCACCAUUAUUCAACUCUUAUCCCAGGUAAAGAAUAUUUAAAAGCAUUAUUUUUUUUCCUUUUUUUCUUAUAAAAUAGCUCUUUAACGAAGUAUACAUUUUAGGCUUUAACUACAAAUAACAAUAUAAAAAUUCAUAAAAUAAACCCAAAAGCUCAAACGAGGUCACAACUUUUAGGAAAAGUUGAUUUAGACACACGUCAAUGGAUCGAUGGAAUUAUCAGCAAAGCUGCUCAACAAGCAUAUUCAGAAAACUCUGGUAAAAUAAUAUUAAUCCACAAAGUCGCGAAUCCUCUAAAUGAAAACCAUGUUUUCGAUUUUAUUAUAAUUUGUCUAUACAAUAUGUAUAUGUGUUACUACACAAUAUUAAUUACCCUCUAGUCUCUACCAAAACAUUAUACAACACACUUCAGAACAUUAAGUCAUUAUACCUAAUGAUGGUAUAAGUUUAUAACACUUAUAACUUAUAAUAUAGCUUCCAAAUUUUUUUUUUUUAUGACUUCAGCGCUGAUAACAUUAAAAUUCUUUAAUUUAAUAUUUUAUAAAUAAUAAUUGAAUCUAAUUUUUCAAUAAAAAAACACCCAACCUGUUUAAAGAAAAAUAAUUGCACCAAUAACAAAUUUAAAAAAUCAAAUCAUCUUAAGGUGUUGAAUUAAAAUUAACUUUUAAGAUUGUCAAGAACUAUAAAUUUCAAAUUAAAUUGUGAAUUAUAGAUAUUAUUUCUUGGAUAAUAUUUGAUGGAGAUGUGGAUCCCGAAUGGAUAGAAUCACUAAAUUCAGUUUUAGAUGAUAAUAGAUUAUUGACAUUACCAUCUGGUUGGAGAAUACAAUUUGGAAACAAUGUGAAUUUCAUUUUUGAAACUCAUUCUCUAAGAUACGCAUCUCCUGCAACUGUAUCAAGAAUGGGUAUAAUUCUUCUAAGGUAAUAUAAUUCAUACUCGAUUCAGAAUCUAACUAAUUGGUUUUUAAUAUACAGUGAAGAAGAUGUAAGCAUAAAUAAUGUAAUCGAUUCAUGGAUAAAAAUAUUUCCUAAUAGUCAUAUUAUAAAUGACUAUGAAGUUCAAUUACACAAAGGUAAAUUUAACUUAAUACAUGGUUUGUACUUAUGGAUAAUGUAAAUGUUAAUAAAUAAUUUAAAGCACUCAAAUGGCUGCAAAUGAAUAUACAGUUAGUAUGUCAGUGUUCUAUGAUAUCGACAGUAAAAAACGCCUUAAACCUAUUUCAUGAUGUCAAAUCAAAAUCUCAUUUUAUCAUUUGUUUACUUAAUGGAUUAGGAGCCAAUUUAACAACAUUUCAUAGAAACAAAUUUUCGAAAAUGGUAAAACAACUUAACUUAACAAACAACUAUAUGAUGUAACUUACUACAAAAUAUCUACAAUAGGUUUUCGAAAUGUUUGGAGAGUAUGUACCAGAAACUGAUACAAAAUAUUAUUGUUAUAACCAAUCAAGAAAUAAUAUAGAAACUUACAAUUUAGUAGAUACAGACAAUUUAUUUGGAACUAAAAUUGGUGAUUUAAUUGUAACACCGAGAAUAGCAAAUGCUACUGAUAUUUUAGUUACAUGGAUACAACAUAGCAGAUCAAUUUUUGUCGUUGGACCUUCGGCAUCAGGCAAAAGGUAUGCGACAAUAAUCACUUAUAGUUAAAAUUACUUUAUUUAAAAUUUAUCGAAUAUUUUCCUUAGUAAAAUGAUAUUAAAAUGUACAAGUGUCUUAAGAGGAAUUGAAUGUGUUACAAUUCAUUGUAGUGCUCACACAUCACCCGAACAGGUUCUAUUAAAACUUGCACAGGUAUUUAGAUUAAAAAACAAGUAUAUUAUACUGAUAAUUUAUAUACAAUUUAUUCAAAUAUAUAUAAACCAUAAAUUACUUAUUAAAUGAUCCUUCCAUGAUUUAGAUUCUUUUUUCACAUAUGGUUAAAUAAGUUACAGUAUUGUGUUAUAGUAUGUAUUAUUAUUUAGGUUUGUAUGAUAGUUUCCAACAAUAAAGGUAGAGUUUAUCGUCCAAAAAGUUCAGACCGUUUAAUUUUACAUUUCAAGAAUUUAAAUAAUGUUAAACCAGAUAAAUGGGGUACUAUACCUUUAGCUGCAUUUAUACAACAGGUGAGAAUAGAGAACUAAUUCUUACUUAAAUUCUUAUUUCUAUUAAAUAUUUGUUUAUGUCAUUUUCUAUUUGUUUAAAAAUAAUUGGGAACAUUUUUAUUUUAUGGGACACCUUUUUUUUUGACAAUUUAUUUCUUUCAAAAAGUGUGUCUUAAGGCACUAAAUUCGAAAAUGUUUGCCAAAUUUGGACCACACUUUUAUUUUGAUAAUUACCUAUACCUAUACCUAAUGGAAAAGGAUUAGAGCACUCUUAUAAUGCCUCUACCUGUCAUAAGAUUCGACAAAUGAGGUUUUGUCAUAUCAAUAGCCAGUGUAAAAAUCUGUCAAACAGUGUGAGGAGUUCUAAACACGACUUUGGCGAAUUUUAUCAUCUCGGAUGUGCACGGGGGAAAAAAGGUGAGAAGAUGUACAAUGGUGCAUGAUGUUUGUAGAUGAAUAAUCUUUGAUAAGGAAGAUCUGGAAUAAGUUAAAAAUAUGCUUGAGGAAUAGAGAGAAGAAUCUGAAGGAAAGAGACUAAGGAUAAAUAGUAGUAAAACAAAGUAUGAGUUUAAAGAAAUAGGAUAAGAUAGCUAAAGACAAUGAGUGGUGAUCGGCGAGAUUAAGAAUUUUAAGUAGGUAGCCAGGAUCAUUUGUCCAAUAACCAGUGACUUUUAUGAGGAUGUGAAACAUAGGAAUCAGUGUGGUUAGAUAAAAUAAAAAGAAACGGCAAAUGGUUUAUAUAUCAAGAAAAUUCCAAUGAGACUUAAAGUAAUUUUAACAAAAGUGUUAUGAGACUGACUAUGUUUUAUGGUUUGGGAUGUAGUUGGAUGGUAGAUAUAAAAAUAGAACAGCGAAUGAGUAUAUCUAACAAAGAUGAAAAUGCUUAGGUAGUUGAACGGACUGACUAGAGAAUAUAGGAUAAGAAAUGAGUACACAUCAUAAGAGGCUUUAAUAAUAGACAUAAUGAGAGAAAAUUGAUUUAGAUGGUUUGGGCAUAUCACGGGGAGAGUGGAAUCUGAAACAGUAAGAAUUGUAAUGAAAAUAAAUGUAAGCCGAAUAAAAGUUAGAGUAAGACCAAAAGAGAGGUGGUAGGGUGCGAUUGAGAAUGAUAUGAGGGACAGCCGGUGUACCGUUUUCUUAAGUGUUAAAAUUAGUACAUGAAUAAAAAAAUUCUGUAAUUUAAGGUGCCUCAUAAACGAGAAAUAUACCAACAAUAAUUGUUAUUUGUAUACUGAUAUUAGCAUAAUAUAAGUUAAGUCAUUGUGAAAUUAAAUAUUUCAGUUAAUUUUUUUUGGUGGAUUUUAUGAGCCUACUACUUUGGAAUGGAUGAAAAUAGACAAUAAUAUUAUAAUUAUUAAUAGCCUAACUUCUACGGAUGGAAUUAAUCCAAGACUUGUUUCAGCUAGUAACAUUUUAUACAUAGAGUAAAUUAAAAUUCAAAACUUUAUUUAAUAGGCAAUACAAAUUAAUAAUUGCCAUUAAAAUACAUUUAUAGAUCGCCACAAAAACAUGAACUUACAAAUGUUUGCUCUGAAUACUUAGGAACUAUGAUAACCGAUAAAAAAGAAAUCACAAAUGCAAUUGUAGAUUUAUUAAUGAAGGUAUAAUAUUAAAAAAAAUUUUAAAGUUUAUCUUAAACUAAAUAUUAUCAUCAUUUAUUUUACUUUUAAGACUAGAGAAACACUUACAUCAGUCCAGACACCUCAUUAUACAUUCACAAAUCAUAUUUUAAUCGAGUUGUGUCAAAACUUAAGUCGAUACCAAUUCAAUGACAUCAAUAAUGCAGCUCAAGUAAUUAAAGCAAUUUCACAUUUUUAUAUUUACCUUAUUUUAGCCCUUCACAUGUAAAUUGAAUUUCAGGUUUUAUUUAUGGAAGCAAAUUAUAUUUUCAAGGACAGAUUAAUGAACUACGAAGAUAAGAAGAAAUUUGAAGGAAUUAUUCAUGAGAUUUACACAGAAAAUCAUUUAAAUUUCAAAUAUGAAGGUGACAAUAUCAAAUGAUAUAAUAGGACUCUAACAAACCCAAUCUAGUCUAUGAAUCAAUAUAUUAAUUUAGGUUUUUAGAAAUAGGUUGCUAUGUACCUAAUUUUUAGUUUUAGAGUAUGAAAGAAUGUAUUUAACUUAAAAACUUACUUGAUAAUCGUAUGAAUUUAACAAACAAAAUUUAAUGACAUUUUACAGAAAACUAGUUAAUUUUUAAAAAAUUGCACUAAAAAAAAUCUUACUGUAUUAAGUUUAGAAUUCAAAUCAAACCUAUUUUUAGAUCGGCACCUAUCUAAUGCUAAUCUAUAGUUAUUAAAUCUCCAUUUUAUAGAAAAACUAAUAAAACUACACAAUUUAAAAUAAUCCUAAUUGUCAUAAUAAUAAUAAAUUCUUUUAAUCUUCAUAAAUAAAUGUAUUGUAUAUGUUUAUACAUUAUAGAAGUGGUUUACAUAUGUGAGAGAAAAAUUGAUCCAAAGCAUAUUGGUAAUCUUUCGAAAGUCGACGUAGAAGAAUGGAAAAAAAUAAUUGAAAAAUGUAUUAUCACAAAUGGUAUAACAAUUUAUUAUUAAAUGUAUAACUUUAUAAGUAACUACUUACAUAAUUUAAAUUGGAUCCUAUUUAUUCUUGAUAAAUAAAUUCAGAAACCUUGAGCCAAGAUGUUGAAUUAAACACAGAAUUACUAUAUCAUAUAACAGCCAAAUGUGAAAGAGUUUUAACAAAACCUAGAGGAUGCAUGUUAUUAGUAGGACGUUUGGGAAUAGGAAGAAACUUAGCCGUAAAAAUUGUAGCGUCUAGGCAUAAUGCAACAGUUGUGUCACCUAAAAUAAGACCAACUUUCAAUUUAAACUCAUUUAAAAAUGAUUUGAAAAUGGUAUAACAUUAAUAUAUUAUAUAUUGUAAGUAUAGUACUAAUUUUUAAUAGACUGAUUUAAUUAACAGAUUAUGCAAAGUUGUGGAAUUGAUAACGAAGAGAUUUAUUAUGUUGUUGAGGAAUAUCAUAUUGUUAAUAAAGAAGUACUGGACAUAGUAAGUUGUUUAAUAAUAUCUGGUGAGAUAAUGGGUCUUUAUCAAAAUGAAGAGUUAGAAUCACUGUGUGCACCUCUUAAAGAUCAAAUGUCACAACAGAACUUCGAUGAUACGCCAACGCAUUUCUUUACACAAAGCAAGUACCAUGUUUCAUAUUACUAAAAUAAUAAUUCAAAUUAAAUAUAAUUUGAAAAUAUGUAUGAUAAAAAUAGUACGUAUGCAAUUUGAAAAUGUUUAUAAUUAAAAUUGUAUACAAAGUAUUUUAUGGUAAAGAUCGGUAAUUAUUGAUUUCAGGAGUAAAAAAUAAUUUACACGUAGUUAUGAUUUUGGAUUCUGAAAGCGAAUUUUUCAAUAUCUGUUUAGAAAACUGUCCAGCGGUGUUAGAUCAUAGUAACGUCUUAUGGCUUAAUAGAUGGGACGAUAAAACUAUGGAUAUAAUACCAAAACUCAUUUUCAAAAAGUUGUAACAAGAGUUUUAAAAGCAACAUCCAUCAAUAACAUUAUUAUUUUACUUAUAUUUCAGAAAUAAACUAAUGGAUAAAUUUCCUAAUAUUAAUGAAUAUAUUUCUAAUUUUGGCAAUAUCCACCGAGAAGCUGAAGUUUGGAUGAAUACUUGCCCUCGACGUUAUAUAUCAUUUAUACAAACGUUUAGCGUUUUGUUGUUGAAUAAACACGAAUCAAUUAAUGAAAGAAUGGCACAUUUAAAAGUAAUACAAUAUUUUAAUGACAUUAAAUGAACAAGAUGAAAUUGUAUUAUUUUAAAAAUGUCUAAAGGCUGGUUUAUCCAAACUAAUUGAUGCUAGAAGUAUAGUGGCAAAAUUGAAAUCUGAUGCUGGUGUUCAAGAAGCCAAAUUAGCGGAUAAACAAGAAAAGGCUAACCAAGCACUAAAUAUGAUUUCAAGAACAAUGCAGGGCGCUAAUACCCAAAAAGAACAAAUGGAAAGUCUUAGAAAAGAAUUUCAAAUAAAAAAUGACUUUUUAAACCAAAGGUAAGUAGGUACACGGAUAAGAUAUAUUCAGUAAUUAUAGAAUAAUAAUGCACGUCUAAAGUUUUAAAACUCAAAACAUCUAGAUUAUUUAAAAAAAUUUAAAUAAAAAUUAACUUUUGCAACUUCAAGUCUGUCUGUUCCGAUAUGGGAAAUACUAAUUAUAAGUAUGCUGGUGAAAAAUAUUUUAAUAGACAAACUAGGCACUCAUUGCAUACCGGCCGUCAUAAGUGUGAGCCAAUCAUUUUGACAGAGGAGGCAAUUUGAAAUCAAACCUUACACAAAAAAUCAUCCAAAUAUGUUGGGGUUCAAGCCCUCAUUAUGUUGAUUAUGUAUAUUUAGUAUUUACUUGAUGACGACUCGGACAACUCGAUUUAGGAAAUCUUGGCUGAGUUGUGAAUCUAAAUCAUAAUUCACAAAAUAAAGGGGAUCUUAGGGUUUAAUAAAAAAGUAAGUAAAAAAAGUUUCCCCGUUUUUUUACGUUUUCUAUGAUUCUAAAUAACUAUGAAAUCUGCUAGGAAAAUCAAAAAAAAUGCCCUUUUAAUGUACCAACUCUAGUCAAUUUUUGAUCGGAGCAAGUUUUUUCCUCGAAAAGUUGUUUAUAGGCAAAAUAAAAUAUAUCAUAGUAAAAUCAAUAGAUUCCUCGCUCUGCUCUGAAUCUAAAAGUAUUUAAAGUACGUAAAUUGACUUCGAGAAUAAUGAUUCGUUUUCGAAAUGUUUUCUGUUUUAAAUUUGUCAAAGUUGUCACAUGGCUAUUUAUAUCGGUGAAUGUAUUUUGCGAGCGAUAAAACUUCAGGAUGAGAGAUAAUUUCAAGAUAACAAUUUUAUACAAUCAUAGACGAGUUAAGUGGUAAUCGAUUGAAAUUUUGUUUCAUUCUUCAUAUAGUUUUCGUGUAUGUGAUUAUAAUAUUUCUUUCGGCAGUAUGGGCCGUGGUAAAUCCAGCCGUGCAAGUUGUAUACCAGACGGACAUUGAUUGAAUGUAUUGAAUGUACACUCGUAUAAUACAAGUUUCACAAUAAAAAUUAUUGAUAUCGAUAAAUAUUAUCGAUUUUAUCGGUCGGAGGUUAUUGAAAACGAAUAGAACCCCGGAUACGAUAUGAUUUCCCGUGUGUGUAAUUCGAAUUUCCGCGCGUGUAAAUUUCGCAAUCUUCUAUUUUCCUUUACUUUAUACGUACCUAUAGGUAUUAUGCAACGAUCUUACGUAAUAUUCUACGUAAGAGUUAUCAUUGUUAAAACGAGGUCACAGUACUUGCAAUAUUUUAAGGGUUACGUAUAGGCAAUUUUAACAAAUUUUUUAAAAAUAUCGUCAAUAAGUUCAAAAUGACUAUAUUUAAAACCGGUUCCUUGAAGAGUCAAAAAUAUAAACCUAUUUUGUUCUUGUGUAAUUGUGAAAUUAGUUCGAAAACGCGUUCGCAUAGAACAGAAAAAAAGGAAUUUAAAGUAUAACCAUUCAAAACAACAUUAAAAAACUUUUAAUUAAUUAAAACAACAGUAUCAUAGUAUCGAGUAGAGCAUAUUGAUUUUUAAUUUACUCGAAUAUUUUGCCUAACACCAUUUUAGGGUGCUCUCAACUUUCAAUGCCAUCUCUCAUUUUUUUUAUGCUCAAAUUUCAUUUUAUUUUACAUAAACUAACAAGUUGACAAGACUCAUAAAAGUAAGUAGUUUUGUUAAAAUGUUUAUGGUUAGAAUUCUUGACUAUUGUCAAGAAUGUGCCUUUGAAAGUUACAACUUCUAAAACAGAAAUCUCGAGAACCAUUUUAUAUUAUUUUUAUAUUUUUUAUGUUCAAUACGAUAUAAAUAAAAAAAAAAAAGAAGCUGAUACUGGGAAUGGGAGCGGCCACUGCCAUAGGUGAGAAGUUGGGAAAGUAGGAUACAUAAGGUUAUUUCAUUUAUCUGUAAGAAACGAUAAACCAUUGCCUGACGAUAGACAAUUCCGAGCGCAAUUCGGUAAUACAUAGUUUGAAAUUUAUGGUUUUCUUUUAAAUUUAAUUUUAAAACACUUAUUGAAAAAAAAAAAGUCGUCCGAUGAUUUUGGAAAUUUUACUUUUUCUAGGUAAGUCCAAUAUAAGCAUUAUUAACAAGUUUCAAGUCUCUAAGUGUAUUUAUAACCGAAUUACAGCAAAAAAAUUCCCCAAAAUUAAAGUUCAAAAGUUUUGGCAAUGAUACCUUAAAAAAGUACGAGAUUUGGCUACCGAAUACAGCGCUGGUGAACUGGAAGUGUCUAUUAUGCCAGUACAAAAUUGGGUUUUUGUUGGUGCAUUAGUAUUUUUUCUGUAGCGUUUAGAAACGAACAUGUUUUUUUCUCUUGCCGAAAACGAUGUGUGACGAAAAACAUGAGCAACGGAUAAACGUAAAAUUUUCUCGUUAAACUAAAAAAAACUCCAACUGAGUGCUAUAAGUUGUUAAAAUAGGCCUAUAAUGAAGAUUUCCCAUCUCGGGCGCGUGGUUUUGAGUGGCAUAAAUUAUUUUCUGAAGGUCGAGAGUGCCACGGAAUCCAAUUUAGUGGUAAUCCAAAUUCAAAACCAUGCUGAUCGUUUUCUUCGAUAUCAACGGCAUCGUGAUGACUGAAUGGGUUCCAGAGGGUCAAACUGUGAACCAACAUUACUAUUUGACAGUUUUGGCAACAUUGCGCGAAUGAGUUCGUAAGAAACGGUCGAUAUUGUGGAAAAACAAGUCGUGGAUCUUGCACCAGGNUGCCCAUAACGCGCUGUCUGUGAAGCGUUAUUUGGCCGCUUAAGGCACUCCAGUACUCGAACACGCGUCUUACUCACCCGACUUGGCACCCUGCGACUUUUACUUGUUUCCGAAGAUAAAGUCUGCCUUAAAAGGAAUCCGGUUUGAGUCGAUGGAAGAGGUGAAACAAAAAUUUGGCGGAACUCCUGAAUGGUCUUACGAAAACAGAUUUCCAGCACUGCCUCGAGCAACGGAAGAAACGAAUGAAAUUGUGUGUGAAGAGGGGAGGAGAGUAUAUUGAAGGGGAACAUUUGGUUGUGGAAUAAUUUUUAAAAUAAAACCAUUUUUCAUAAGCAGUCUCGUUAUUUAAUAGCCAGACCUCGUAAAUCAAAAAGGCAACAAAAAAGGUAUCUUGUGUUUUUCGAUUAAAUCAUUUUUUCUGGUAGAAAACGUCGUCCGUGUUUUUAUAAAAUAAUGAAAUCGUGAAAUUGUACGCUUUCCUACGUUUUUUCCCACUUGUGUGCUUUUAUUUAAAAAAUGGCACCGACAAUCAAAAAAUGACCUGUUUAAAGUAUCUAGACAAUUUGGUCUUUCAGAAAAAACGCUAUACUUAUACAUAGGAGCAAGUUUACUAGGAAAAAACAUGUCCACAGACUAAAAGAAAAAAAAAAGAAGAAAAAAAAUAAACAUCUCAGUAAAACCUAUAGCUCCCUCGCAACACUCGGAAUCUAAAACUGGCGGAAAAUCUCGCAGGCGAGGAAUGUGCCUCUUCUGCCUUCUCCUUGUGCACGCUUAUGCUGACCGCCAAUACAAUUUUUAUUUGCUCCUCAUUGCUAAUAAAUUGAUGUCAAUCUAUCAGAUAAAAUCAUAGACUUAUAAGGAUAUAACCUAAACAUUAUUAGAUAGCAUUUUGAAAAAAGUUGAAUAUUUCAUAGUUUUUUUAAUAUACUUAAACCAAAAAUCGAGGUGAAAAAAUACUUUAUUGGCUAUUAUAUUUUGCAUUGAAUGAAGUUUUGAAAGAUUCGGAAGUAAACUUAAAUUGUGUAUCAAUGUCACGAAAGAACGAAUAAUAACUUAGUAUCACUCAGUGGCUAGUGAGCUUUGAAAGUGGGAGGUUGAUGAAAAAAUAUUAUAAUACCUAUAUAAUAAUUACCUAAUAAUUAAAUAAAUAAAUAAAUAAAUAAUACAAAUUAUAGACAUCGAAAUGUGCAUGCGUCAUAAACACAAACACAUACUGGGCGAUUAUUUUAUAUUUGAACACUAAUUUUUUCGCAAAGUACUUUUUAUUUAUUUAAACUAAUACUCCAUCUGUAUAUGGCACUUUUAUUAUAGGAUACCAUUUGACAAUCAAAAGUUGAUAGUCGUUCCACUCCAAAAAGUAAGGGAAAAAUAAUAGAAAUAUAAAAUUAUCUACUUGUUUCUUUAAAAAUCAAAAUAUUUUUUAUUUUUUUUUUUUUUUUGAAAAAGUCUAUACUUUGCGAAAUGAGUGUUGAAUGAUAAAAUAAUCACCCAUAUAUUGCAUCCUAACACGUUAACUUUUCCGUAUUGUUCCACAGUCUGCACUCUGCAUGCAUGUCAUGCAAUUAUUCGUAUCGUCCAGUCACGACGGCCGUAUUAUUACCAAAUUCCCCCUCCGGCCUCCUUUAUUUAUAUUUUUAUUGUAUAAAUCAGUAGUGACCAAUUACGGCCCGUUGGAAAAAUCCGGCCUGCGAUCAUUUUUUAAUUCGCUCACCAAAGUAUUAAAUCAAAAUUGAAAAUUAAUAACUUUAAAUUUCAAAAAUUAACACUCAUAUUAAAAAAAGAUAUGUUUAUACUUUACACUUUUUUCUCAUUUAUAACAAUCAAUAUAUAUAAUUAAUAAUUAAAUAUAUCACUGUUUCCUUUAUUAAGAUGUACCUACUAUGAAGCUUAUAGGGAGGAGAUAUCAAUUUGUAAUAUAAAUAUUAAAUAUGAUGUAUAUAUAGAUGUUGUUGAAAUAAAUAAAUAAUAAUACUAAUAAAAUAUAAUAUUCUAUUAACUUAAAAGUAAUAAGGUUUCAAUUCUUGGUCCGACAAGAAUUAUUUUUUUAUGACUCUCUGUAAAAAAUGGUUGGUUACUAAAAUAAUAAGGCCACUGUGUACUUUUAUCUCAAAAUUUAACUUAUUAAGGAUGACUAACUUAGUGUAUGUAUUAAUAUGAACAAUUUUUUUUUUUUAUUAAUUUCUGGGUUAUUAUCUUAAUGACAGAUAAAAUAUUUAAAAAAAAAAAACCGGUUAAGAAUUAUUUAAUUUAGUUAUAUCAUACAAGAAAGAUCCUUUUUUAAAAGAUAAAUUACCGAACUACGAUGGAGUAUGAUAAUAAAUAAAUAGUAAAAUGCAUUCGUAUAAGUAGAUCGCCACCAGUUUGAGUGGGUUAGAUCAUAAGACACAAACCAAUGGUUUGUUACUAUUUUAAAAUCAACAGCAAUGGUAAAUCAUUUUAAUAACAUCUUAACGUUACUUAUAAUCUAAAUAAUAAUUUCCAAUAACACCUGUCUACUUUUUUUUUUUGCAUAUAUAUACUUACACAAUAUAAUUAUAUUAUACAUUUUAAUAAAUCUAUAAUAAUACUCAAUUAAUGUCACAAACAAUUAGAAAAAAAGAAAUAGAUGAAGAAUUAGCACAAGUGGAACCAUUGAUAGAAGAAGCUCAAGCAGCCGUAAGCAAUAUCAAAUCGGAAGCAUUAACAGAGAUAAGAUCGUUGCGAGCCCCACCGGAAGUGAUUAGAGACAUACUAGAAGGUGUACUCCGACUUAUGGGCAUACAAGACACGUCAUGGAAUAGUAUGAAAACGUUUUUGGCUAAAAGGGGCGUCAAGGAAGACAUUAGGUUUUUCGACGCACGCAGAAUAUCGGAGGCUAACAGAGACUCUGUAGAAAAGUUACUUGAGUCCAAAAGAGAUUCAUUCGACUCGAAAAACGCUAAAAGAGCUUCAGCAGCAGCUGCCCCUCUGGCUUCAUGGGUAGUAGCUAAUGUUGCAUAUUCUCACAUAUUGCACAAGAUAAGACCAUUAGAAACUGAACAUGCUUCGUUAAAAUCGUAAUUUAAUAAUAUUAUAUAAUUAAUACAUUUUUUAUUUAUUUUAUUUUAUUUAUAAGGACACUAACAAUUAAUUUCCUUUUACAGAAAGUUACAAAAGGCGGAAGAACAAAUAGAACUUUUAAGCGACGGUUUAGAUAACGUUGAAAAAAACGUGGCAGAAUUGAGAGAACAAUUAAACGUCAAUACCAAAGAAGCAGCAGAAAUUGAAUUAAACAUCAACAAGGAGAAAAAGACGAUAGAAGCAGCGCAAAAACUCGUUGAAAAAUUAGAUGAUGAAUUUUCAAGAUGGGGUUUACAGGUAUUUUUUUAUAAUUUACCAAUCGUAUUAUAAUGUUUUAGUUUUAAUGAGUUUUUAACGUGAAACAUUACAUUAUAACAUUAUAUAACAUCAUUCUAUGCAUACACAAUCCGAUUUUUUUUUAUCAAAAUUAAAUUUAGUAACUUUAUUAUAAUUAAAAUGUAUCUAAUUUAAAUUUUGUCUUAAAAUUACAAAUUUUUCAUUAAAAUUAUAAUUAUAACAAUAAUAACUGAAUUAUUCCAUGUUUUUUUUAAAUUGUAUACUUUGAUAUUAAUAUAUGAUAUAAAAAUGUUUAGGUAUUAGUUCAUCUAUCUUCAGUGAGUUAAAAAAUUGUUAAAAAAAUCAUAGACAUUGCCCAGCUUGAUUUAAAUUUGAACAUUUAUUUAAGAAUAUUCAUCUCAAACAUUCGAACUUAAAUAAUUGUAUUCAAUAUUAUCAGCUAUAAUUGAUACUUGAUAAUAAUUCAUAGUUCCGAUUUGAUGGUUUGAUUACCUUUAGAAUUUUACAUUUUAUCGAUGGCGCAAUUAUUAAUACAUAAACAUUUGAUACAAGAUAAAAAAUAUUUAAAAAAUAGUCUAAAUCCCUGGUUUAAGUUAGAAUGAAAAUAUGUAUUUCAAUGCUAAAAUUUCUCAAAAAUUAGUUGAGGUACGAAAUCGUUUGCAGUCCCCCCCAAUUCGAGGGGGGACAUUUGUGUGUUAUAUUUACGUAAAUACACAGUGUCCUACAGUGUUAUCCUUAUGCUAAAAAUUUUGUCAAUGUUAAUUUUUUUUAUCAGAUUUUGUGCAAGGGAAACAUUAUGUAGAGUAAAAUUAAAUUUUGAUUUUUAUUCCUUAAUCACUGAAAAAAAAUUGUAUUCCUUACUUUUGAAAAUUUUCAAAACAUUUUUUUUUUUUAAAUAUAUUAUUCUAAACAUUUUAAUGUAUUAUAUAUUCAUAUAUCAUUAAUAGUUUCUUAGUUAUAAUGACUUUAAUGUAUUUUAAGCGUGAAAACAAUUAAUAUUCAAUAGGUAAGAUAAAAAAACAAAUAAUUAAAAUAAAAUAAAAUACAGAAGGUUCAAAUCCAGACAAAAUACAAUGCAAUAGUUUCUAUUUUCAGAGAAAAGUCAACAAAAAACAUAUCAUAGUAAAACUUAUUUAUUCCCUACUGCGUUCAAAAUCGUAAACAAAUUAUUCUGAUGUAAUGUUUUAGUGUACAGAAAUUGGAAAGUUUUUGUAAUAAAAUUAUGAUAUUAAAGAAAGAAAAGAAAUUAUUAAAGUGAUUUAAUUGAUUAUAGAAAGAAUUUAAAUUCAAGAUAUUUAAAAUACUAAAUAAUAAUUAUAUUGGAAAUCAAUAUGUAUUAUUUUAUGUUUUAUUGAAGGUAAACGAAUUGUCAUUAAGUUUAGAAAACCUGUUACUGAGCACACUUUUGGCAUCUGCGUUUGUAACAUAUUUAUCAGAAUGUUCAGAUAAUUUACGAAAUGAAAAAAUUGAAAAAUGGAAAUAUGAACUAAAAUCCAAUGAAUUUACAUUUUCUAAAUUUAUGGAAUCUGAACGGCAGAUACUUCAGUGGAUUACAGAAGGCUUACCAUCAGAUGAAACAUCUCAUCAAAAUGCUAUAAUUCUUAAACAAGUAAAAAAUAUAUAAAAAUGAAGAAAUAUGUGUAAAUUCAUAGGUACCAAUUUUGUUUAUUAAUAUAUAUUUUUUUUUUAAUAGAUUAAAAACCUACAGAUUUCGGUAAGUUAUCAAAAAAGGUUAAUAAAUAAUUGUAAUUUUUUUUUUUUUUAUUUGUUACUGUUACUAAAAUUAUGCAUUAUAGGCUAAAUUUUAUCCGUUGAUUAUUGAUCCUAAUGGCAAUAUCAUGAGGUGGUUAAAAUUGAAAUUGCCUGGCAAUGCUACCGAAUUUACAUCGUUUGAAAAUCCAAAAUUUUAUUCUAGUUUAGAACUAGCCGUCCGGUAAGACAGAACUGAAUAAAAGUUUUAUUCAAUUAUUAAUUAAUUAUGAUUGUGUUAAUAAUUACAUUAAUUGUCUAACAUUUUGUUAAGUUUUGGUAAAACAAUGGUGAUACAUAACGUCAACAAAAUUGAUCCAAUACUCGUGCCAUUGUUAAGAAGUGAUUUUAUAAUUGAAGGUAAUUCCAUUUGUUGAAUUUUUUGGUUUACGGACUAGUGGUUUAUCUAAUAGAGUGAAUAAGAUCUACCAUCGUAUACCUUCAUGAAAUGUAUUCAUUAGUAAUGACUACUAAAAUAAUAUUUAUUUUUUUGAACGUCUAUAUUUUUUUUUUAUAAUUUAUUAUUAUAAUAAUUGACGAUGUAUUUUAGGCAAAACAUUAAUUUAAAAUACAUAUUUUAUAAUUAUACAUAUUAUAUACUAUUUUAAUACUUAUAAUGUUUUAGAUAAAUAAUUUAGUUAUUAUUAAUGAUAGUAUUGGUUAAGUUAUGAACUCUUUAAUCAAGAGCUUUGAUAAAUAUUUAGUUAAAUUUACAGAUAUCUGUAAUUUAAAAUAAGGAGCCUUUCAUUUUAAAAUCAAACCAAAACUAUAAUCUUUUGGUUACUAACAAUUGCAUUUAUCAUUUACGAAUGCUGGUCGAAAAUGGACAAAAAUUAUAUUAGAGAUGAGAAUAUUAAGAGAUAUUUAUAACACAACACACAUAUCUUUAUAUGAAACACUAAAAUUGAACAAUAAAAUCUUUUUGCAAACCCUGUAGUUGAAAUUGAAGCGAGAAAAACAGUAAUCCAAUUAUACAUAUACAAAUGGGGGAUUCUGAAUCGAACCAUGUAGUCAUCUGCUUGACCACUACAAAUUUAUAUUUUCUAUAAAAAUAAAAAAAAAAAAUUGACAAUAAUUACGGUCAAUUUUGUAUUUUGAAUGAUUAUACGUGGUUGAGUUCCUGUUUCACCAAAAAAAUUUGAUAAAUUUAAAACUGAUUGGUUUCCAUAAAAAAAAUUUGUAAAAAAGAGCUGAUACUGGGGAUGGGUGCGCCACUGUUGUAGGUGGGAAAUCAGUAAGGUAGGGAACAUAAAGUUAUUUAAUUUACAUAUGUAAGUAACAAUAAACCAUUAUUAACGAAAAACAAUUUGGAGCGAUGUUUGGUUACACUAUAGAUUGCUGACUGUAGCGGGGUAGGAGGGAGGAAAUAGAUGUAGUUAAUUUUGAAUUGAUUGCUAACUUUUUUGACAUAUGUAUAUUAUACUUAACUUUUUUUUUUAUUGACCCUGGACAGCAAUAUCCUAGAUACAGUUCUGUAUGUACCUUAUCUAAAAAUAUUAUUAUAAUUUAAUACGGAUGAUUUCUUACACUAUAUUUCAUAAAAAGCAGUCUGCAAUACGCCAUUUUAUUUGACUAGACAUCGGUGAUUGUUAUAUUUUUUAGUAGCAAAUUUUUCCUGUGGUUUGUGCAUUGAAAAACUCAUUUCAUAUGCCUCAUUCAUUUAAUUUUCAGUAAAAAUCAAUACGAACCAUAAAACCAAUCUGUAUCUUAUAGGUAGUAGAAAAAUGGUGCAAAUAGCAGAUAGAUUAGUGGAUUACAAUGACAAUUUCCAAUUAUAUUUAUUUAGCAAUAGUCCUGACUUGUCAUUAUCUUCAGACCAAUCUGUUCUAUUAACAAUAGUGAAUUUUACUCUCAAUCACAUUGGGCUCACUGAACAGGUACAAUUGUUUGCCUUAUAAUUAUUCACAAACUUUAAUUUCAUUUCAUUUCAUUCAGUUACUGCGACAUGCACUCAAAGUGCAGAAUCCUAAAUUGGACUCGAUGCAUUUGAAACUAUUACACACAGAAGAAGAAUUGAAAUCAAAACUACAUAUAUUACAGGAAAAUGUACUGAAAGACUUAGCUGAUGCUCAAGGGAAUAUACUUGAGAACCAAGUAAAACCAAAAAUAUUAAUUAAUUAAACAUUAUAACUUCUAUCAUUGUAUGCAAUUUUAAAUUAUUUAGGAACUUCUCAAUUCGUUGGAUAGUAUAAAAACCAAUAGCACAGAAAUAUCAAAAUCACUUAAUGAAUCGUUAGAAAUACAAAGCAAACUGGAGUCUGAAUGUCAAAUGUAUAAACCAUUUUCCAGUUAUGCCUCAAAUAUUUAUUUUGCAUUAAAAGAUUUAUUCAUUAUCAACCAUUUUUGUCAAAUUUCGUUGAUGACAUUUGUUAAACUUUUUCAAUUUACAUUAAAAGUAAUUAAGAUUACGCAACCUAAAAAGAACCUUUAAAAAAUAAUUUAUGAUAAAAAAAUUUAGGAAUCAACCGGAGAAACUAACCAAGAGAGAAGAUUAUUACACACAGUGUAUUAUUAUGUUUCUAGAUCACUUUUCAAAGACCAACGGUUAACAUUCGCCUUACAUUUAUCAUAUAAAUUGAAACCCAAAGAUUUUGGACCUAACGUAUGUACUAGUAUAUUACAAUAGUUUUAUUAUAUUUAAUUUAAUCUUUUAGGUCCAUCUAACUGAUUCAUUGUUUUAUACAGGAAUGGGAUCUAUUUAUUGGGAAAAAAGCAACAAACGUUGAUAAAGAAUUUAAUUUUAAAGAUAAUAUUCCAAAAUGGAUAAAUGAUGACAGAGCUUUUGAUGUGUUUAUGUUAAAAGUAGAUACAAUUUUAAUUUCUUACAAAUUAAUCACUAAUGUUGUAUAAAAACUUUAAAUAUUAAAUAUUAAUAAUAACUAUUAGUUUAAUUUAAAAUUAAAAAUAUAAUUAUAUUUCACCUCAGGAAUCAGUACCAGAACUUUAUGAAAAGCUUCAACUUGAAAAUCAAAAUGUUUGGAAAGAUUUUGUCGAAUCAUCGAAUUCUGACAUUCCUAACUUGGUGAAGGCAUCCAAUUUUCAACGAGUUUUAAUUAUGCAAGCUCUAAAACCUGAUAAAUUGCAUAAAUGUUUGACAGAAUUUUCACUUGGUCAAUUAAGUAAGUUCCUUAACUUCAUUGGUCAAUAGAAAUUAUAUUGUUUAUUAAUAAAUUUAAUUAUAUUGAAAUGUAAGUUUCUAAUAUAUUUUAAAUUGUUUAGAACUAAUUGAUUUAUCACCACCAACAUUAAAUCUUUCGAAAUUGGUCGAAGAAAAUACGGAACCCAAGAUGAUUAUAACAUCUAUUGGAUCUGACCCAUCCGAUGAACUCAGGCUACUUGCUAAACAAAUCACUCAUACAAACUGUAUAGAAAUGGCCAUGGGCGAGGAUCAGAAGGAACUCGAAUCUCUGCAGGAACUAUGUAAACAACCAAAAUGGGUAGUUCUGAAAAACAUACAUUUAAGCUCAGCAUCACUUUUGACUUCAUUAGAAAAACAAUUGAAAUCGUUGAAUGAUAUCCACGAAAGAUUUGCGGUGUGGAUGACUACAGAACCAAGUGAAAAAAUUCAGCCUUCGUUCGUUAUGGCGUGCGUUAAAGUCGCCUACGAAGCACCACACGGUGUCAAAAAAAACAUGAGACGAGCUUACGAUAUAUGGAAAAAUGAACACAUUAAGUGGAAUUCUUCGGAUGAAACAAGAUCAGUUUAUGCUUUAGCAUGGUUUCAUUCUAUAGUAUUGGAACGUAGGACAUACAUACCACAAGGAUGGUCACAAUACUAUGAGUUCAACGAUUCCGAUUUAUCUGCAACUUUAAAGGUUCUACAAAAAUCGAUACAUCGGGGUAAGAAAACUGAAAAACAAAUUAUCGCAUAUACAUAUUAUGCAGGUAUCUACUAUACAUACUAUAAUCUUAAGGUUAAAGAUUAGACCACGAAAGUCUUGAGUAUUUAAUUAGAUUGUUUAUACAAUUUAAAGCGUAUUAGCUUUUUGAAUACUUAUAUAUGAUUCAAAACGGGGUAGGUACAUCAUAAAGAACAAUUUUGGCCCUUUAAAUGCGUAUGACUGAGUGAUUGUAAGCAAAAUUGUCAAGUUUAUUAUCAAUGAUAGUUCUGAACUAAUAUAGACAUAAAUCUAUUAAGAAAACAGGCACAUAUUGUGACUAAAAGCGAGAGUUUAGCAACAUAUUUUAAAAAGCUAAAAUUAUUCUAGGGAUUUAAACAUUUGUUCCAAUGUAUUAAAUCUUAAACUCCCUAAUUUUAUGUAUUUUUCAAAUGUUUAUAAAAUAAAAUUUAAAGUUUAGAAUUUUAAACAUUUCAUAUCAGAAAGUGCUCCUCUCAAUAUAAAUAUUGAAAAUCGCACGUUUAUUUGUUUUGAUUGUAUAUAGUCUGUGCAUUUUAUGUUCACGUAAAUAUUUUUUACGCAAGAUAUAUUGAAAUUUUUUACCUACAUAAUAAAUACUUGUUAAUACAUUAAGGAUCAUUUUUAGAUUUGAAUAUUUAUGAAUGCACAAAAUUUUAUUUUUUCAACUCUUUUAAAUUUAAAUUGUAUUUUAAAUCCAAAUUAUAGUAUAUAUUCUAUAAUAUUGUUGCAUAACUAAUAAACAAGUACAAAUAUUUACAGAUAAAACGAUCUGAUUUUUCUUAAUUAAAAUCUAUAACAUAAAACCGAAACGUCCACGCCAUUGCAAAUUUUUAAGCUACUAAAGAACUACCGAUUAUAUAAGUUUAUGUUUUUACAAUGUCGAAAUCUUACUUUUGUUUUAAUUCAUAGAUCAUAAUUCAAAUAGAUGGGCAUACAUUCAUGGACUAUGUGAAAAGGCCAUCUAUGGUGGGAGGAUCACUAAUACACAAGACAUUGCGAUUCUUACCUCAUAUCUGCGGUGCAUAUUCACAUCGGACAACGUUAACUGGAAAGACGGUAUACCUGGAAUCUCGGAGUUGAGUUCUGGAGACACAAAGGUAUGCCUAAAAAUGAGUAAUAAUUAUAUAAUUAGAUAUAUGAUUACAUAAUUGCAUGUUAUCUACCGAAUGCACCGUAACAUAAAUCAUCAAUGGUUUAAUAAAAUUAUAAAUUACAAAUUGUACUGUUUUAAUAUUAUAUGACCUUAAAUUGCUAUGUGAUGCAAAAAAAUGUGUUUUUGUUAAACUAUUAAUUGACAUAAUGAGAUGUAUGUAUAGUUUGAAUAUUUAACGUAAAUUUAAUUAUUAUGCUCUUGGCAGAAAUGACCUCUCACAAUAUCUGAUAAUAAACUUAAUUUAACAUAAUUAUCAAAAAAGCAAAACUUACAUGUUUUACCAAUAUUCCAUUGUAAACGUGAAAUAUAAGGUAUGAGAAUUUUUACUCCAAACUUUCGAGAAGAAAUCGGUGAAAGUCCAGAUCACGUUUUAUUCGAAAAUACAUGGUUUAUGCUGACAUAUUUCAAUAUUUUGUGAAAAGAUAUUAAAGCUAUUUGAAAUUUGUCAUUUUUUGUGAGUUAAAAUGGCUCAAGAUUUAUAUUUAGAACUCUAUCCUCCUUUCAAUAGUAUCAGAGUGGAAAUUUAGAUUAGAUCAAGUUUAGCCAUCCCUCAAACCCGAAAUUUUUUUUUCGGCAUACAUGAAGCAUUUUCAAGCCAAUAUAACUUCUAAAAUAAUAAUCAUUUCACCAUUAAAAACCUAUCGAAAGAAACAAAUUUUCAAAAAAAAAAAAAACUGAAAAAUAUAGUCUAUUUUAGUAAAACAAAAUAACUCGUAUCAGUGUUAUCUUAAUAAUAAUUAUUCUAUGCAUUACAUAUUUAAAAUAAAAUAAUAGUUUCAAGUAUUUUAUCAAAUAAAUGUAUAAUAUAGAAGAAGAAUUAGAAGUUAAAACCCCCAAAAGAUACAUUCAUGAUAACACUAUGUGCAUAAAAAAUGUCAUCCCCUUGGAUUCAUUUGAGUGAUCUGUAGAGGUGUUCAAAUCUAAAAAUAACUUACACAUGGUAAAAUUCAUAUUGAAAUUCAAUCCAAUUUCAUUUCAUUAUUCUCCCUACGAAAUACUACUGUUACCGAUUUGAGCUGAUUGAACAUUAGGUUCAGAGGGCGUCAAUAAAAUUAUCCAAAAGUAUCGGGAAAGAUAUUAUAUUAUAUUAUAUAUCUGAUAUUGUUUCUCUUCUAUAAUCUAUUAAUUGAAACUUAAACUAUCUAAUAAAAUCUAACAUUGUUAUUUAAUUUCAAGGAAGUGGAAAAUGCACUUAGAGCUGUCCCAGAACAGGAUACUCCGAAACUAUUGGAUUUACCAGAAAACGUCGAUAGGUCUUGGCAGAAAAAACAGAGCACCGAAAUAGUAUCUCAGUUACGACGUGAGUACUUACACACCAAAAUGGAUAAAUUCAUCUUAGUAGACAUAUAGGCAGGGCUGUUCUGAGGCCGGGUCGAGCGGGGCCCACACCCCGGACCCCGUGCCUUGGAUUUCUCGUUUAGACCCCGCGCGAGUUAUAUAAAUUUAUAAUACAAAUAUAGUGCUAACAAAUAAAAAUAUAGUACUUUAAACCAAAUUUACUUAUUUCAAUUGAGGAAAGUUUUCUUCAAAAUAUAACGAUUAACAUAUAAUACAAAAUAAAUAUAAUUUGAAUUUUUAUUUGACAAUAUUAAAAACGAAAAUACUUGUACAGCAAAUACUUUAUGAUAAUAAAAGUCCUCUAUAUAUAAUGUACUAAACAAAUUAUUAUAAUAUUAUUGUUAUCAAGCCAUUUCCGUAGAACGAUAAUGGGGAAUGAGGAAAUUUCUAAAAUUAAAUUUUAAACAUAAUUAUGUGAUAUUUGUUUUGUUAUUUGAUUAUUUGAUUUUUAAAUAUAAUAACCAGAGCUAUGAAUUUAAUGCACUAAAAGUUUAAAUACAAAAUAAAUCAUUAAGUUAUACAUGUUAGCAAAAAAAAAAAAAUAGCACCAAAAAUUGGAAAAUAACAGUGAAUAUCUAAAAUACUUUAAAUACGCAAAAAAAAGUAGUAUACAAUUUCAUAUAUGGAUUCAGGUGCAUACUCGUAAAACAAAUGUAAAGCUCACCCUGCUAUUUUUAUCUUUAUCCUAUAAUAAUUAGCAAAUACUAUAAAAUCCUAGCCCUAGCGAUAUGUAUAAGAAAUAUUUAUUUGAAAAUGAAAAGAGCAAAGAAGGCUAAAAUAAAACAAGAAAAAUUUAUAAUGAGGGGGGAUCUAUGAAUAAAUGUAUAAAUAAUAAUUAUUAUUUUUCAUCGUGUAUAUAUAAUCCAUAACACGUUUUUUAGUGUUUAAAAUUAGCACAAUAAAAAGCAAAUUUAAGGAUAAAAUAAAAGUAACAGGUUGAUUUACUGGUAAAAGUAAUUGGUAAAAAUAUUUCACGUAUGUUUAUAUUUUAAAAUGGGACAGGUACGGCCUACGAGAGUGCAAUUGCUUUUGUAUGGAAAUUAUCACUUUUUUUUAAGCCCCGCUAAAAGACCCCGGACCCCGCAAAUUGUAAGAACGGUCCUGCAUAUAGACAUCUAUGAAUAAAUUCUAUACAUAAGCAUACUCACAGGGAGAGUUCAUGGGAUUUAAACCUCCCUCCAUUGGCCGUUAUUUUUUUUUUGCAAUAAAUUCGUUUUAAAUUUGUAACAGAUUUAGAAAUUUAUUGUUGCAUCGUAUAAUUUAUAUUUACAAUUAAAAAAUAAACAUAUUUGUUGCACCAAAAAAUUAUUGAUAAAUUAUUAAAAAUAAAAAGUGCAUUAAAUUUUACAUUGUUAUUUUUUUAGAUUCUGAGUUUUACAAAGAUGUUUAUUUUAUUUUUCAUGUGAACACUUUUUUUACCUGAAAACUUACUUCGACUUCCAAGUAUAGCACCUUUUCUGAAAGGAUGUGUUCUCUAGGUGAUACUUUAAAGAAGUCAUUUUUUGAAAUUUUCAUUAAUAUUCGAGAUAAUGAAGAAAAAACGGUUCUUUAGGUUAAAAAGAUUGAAAGAUUAAAAAUAAGGUUGUUAUUGGCAACCGUUUUUAUUUAUUUUUGUUAUUAAUAAAUUUGUAUUAUUUUAACCUUUUUUAAACAAUCAUUGUUAUCAUGGAAACACGAACAUUAUUAUAACUAUUUUACCAUACUUUGCACGCGGGCAUAGACACUGUUGUAGGUGGGAAGUUGGGAAGAUAGAAUACAGACGGGAAUUUAAUGUAUAUCUAUAAGCAACAAUGAAACAUUACAAACGAAAAACGCUUCUAAGCGAAGUUCAGUUGAUAGUAAUGCUUUGUCAACAAUAUAUAUGUCAUAUUAUGGUAAAAUAAUUACAACAAUGCGAGUUUCCAUGACAAGAAUGAUUGUUUAAAAAAGAUCAAAAUAAUAAAAACUUAAUAAUAACAAAAAUUAAAUAAAAACGGUUGUCAAUGAUAACCUUAUUUUUAAUCUUUCAAUCACUUUUAACUUAAAGAACCAGAUUUUCUUCAUUAUCUCCAAUAUUAAUGAGAAUUUCAAAAAAUUACCUUUCUUAAGUACUACCCAGAGAACAUUUUCUUUCAGAAAAGGUACUAUACUUGAUAAUCGGAUUAUGCUUUCUGAUAAAAAAAGUGUUGACAUAAAAAAAAUAAAUAAGUAAACAUUAUUGUAAAAUCAAUACAUUUCUCGCUUCACUCAGAAUCUAAAAUAAUAAUAAAUGUCAUAACUAGAGGGAUGUGCGCUAAUAGCCUCUUACAUAUUUAUCUAGAAAUUACCCACAACCCCUCCCCCCCGCUAGUUCUAUGGUACAGGCGUGUGUAAACAAUGGUUGGGGUAUAAUAUAGUAUUAUAGAUCCUUGUCAGAAAUUGUUAUGUUCAUGACCUUUUCAUUGCGUUGUCUGGUGGAUUUUAGGCAUAGGCGUCGGUAUGAAGGCAAAACACCAAUAUCUAAAAGACGAUUGGCAUUCAGAAGUACGGUCUAUUUUGAACUUGUGGAAGGCACUUAACAAAGGAACGAAUUUAAUGGAACUUUCGACGAGCAGACACAUUUCAUUAUCGUCAGCAAACAGCGACAGUUGGAGACCAGUGGACGCGUUUGCCAUACAAGAACUGAAUUUCGCCGUUGAACUGGUGAGAAAUGUUCACAAGAGUUUGACCGCCGUCAAUCAGACGAUUCGUGGAAACACGAGACCGUCGCCCACGGUGUUCGACACCGUAUUUCACCUUCUCCAGCUUCAGGUAUGAAGUAGUCACAUUUUUGCAAUUGUUAUGUAAAAUAUUGUUUAUUGGUGUUAAUAUCGUAUACAGAGCAUGAGAAAAAAAAAAGUUGUUCUAGGAUAAUGGGGACGGGUGUAGCCACUGUUGUAGAUGGGAAGUUGGGAAAGUAAGAAACAGACAAGAAUUUAAUGUGUAUCUGUAAACAACGAUUGCUAAUGAGAAAACGAUUCUGAGCGGAGUAAGCUGAUAUUUAAUGCGGAAAAGUUGAGAAAAACGAAUGUUAUCGCACGUCAUAGGUAUGCCGCCAUCAUACACAAUUCGCAGCGGCAGCGGUCGCGGGGUACGGACGGGCAAACAAAAUUCUUACACCAGUUGCGCGUGCGCAUUUGACAGUUUCGGUCCUACUACUGACACAACUAUCAGUAAUACGAGUAAUGUGCUGCCGCGGCCGUACAGCCGUCUGCCGCUGCUAACGGAGAAUCCAUUGGAUACCGAUUAUUUCUUUCGGAUAAUAUUAAAUUUGUCCGGCGGGUGGCGUUGUCCCCAAAAAUACCCUGAAGAAAAUGCUGACCAACCCGGUUUGCAUUCAAUUCCUAAUUAAUAUCAUUUAAUGUAAUGCAACAAAAACAGACAUAUAAGGUAAUUUCCUAAUAUACUGUAGACUUCUAUCUAAGAAUUGCCUAUACAAAAAUAAUACAAAUAUAUUCAUAUUUCAAUAAAGUACUAUUUGUUUUAGUUUCUGUUUUCUGAAUCGACUGUACUUGAAUAAAAGUUUUUAAAUGUGCACCACCAAUUAAUGUACGCACGAGCCGCCACUGCCGACAUGUAUCGGCAUACCGAAAUACCAAUAGGAACCGGUAUACCGUUAUGAACAGUGUACCGAAAUACUGAAAUAAAACUUUAAAAAAGCUAGUAAGGAUAAUGAUGAUGGAGGUUCGUCCAAGAUAUCUUGUAAAAAUAUCAUUAUCGAAUUUAAUCGUUUCUAACCUUCGUGUCAAUAAUUGAAUUUGCGUUACUUAACCAGAGAUCAAAAAUUUCAUUUUUUUCUAAGAUUUAAAAUCUCUGUACUUAACUUAGUUAGGUAACUUUUUUGGUGUAGUGUUAUCAAUCCAUUACAUAAAUGUCUGUAUAAUUCAUAUAAUUCAUCAUUCACAAAAUAAUAACUUUUAUCAACCAAAACUCAAAAUUUUUCUCCAAAAACGAAUAAGUGAAAAAUCCUACGGUUUCAACGGUAUACCGCAUGAUACAAACAUUUCGGGUAAUUAACUUUUCGUUUUUUUCGCUUUUAUCGAUUCGACGUGGUUUUGCAUUAAAAUUCGCAGUUUUAUUUUCAAUUUUUUCACUUUCAUAAUCUUACAAAUCCGGCAUGUAUAUGAAUAUUUAUAAAUUGUCAGUGAUAAUUUAAAAAUCUAAGACUUCAAAACUAUGUCUGACUUACCUAUGCAUUUUAAUAUAAUAAGUAAAUUCAAAAACGAAACAAAAUUCUUGAAAGGCGCAGUAAAGUACACUUUAUAUCUCUGCAAAUUUUUUUUAAAAAAAAAAGCGUUGGCGCGUUCACGUUAUUUGUUGAUAGGAGCGCUAAUGUUGGUCAUUGCAACAAAAUAACCAGCACUAUCAGUAUCAUGACAGCGGUUUUUUUUUUUUUUAAAUUUGGACAUUUUAAAUGGAAAUACUCGAAUACCUAUGUAAGUAAAAAUGUAAAAAUGUCGAGUAGGUACUUACCAAUGUCAAAGCCGCUAAAUGGCUUUGUAUAUUUUGACACGAAAACCGCCGCUUUUAAGUCUUGGCGAAUACCACAAUAUUAUAUAAUAUUCGAGACAUUUUUUAUCCAACGUGUAAUAUUUAUCGUAGAGAAAAUGAAAAGCCGCGGAGCAUAAAACAAAUUCUGACACAACACGAUAAAGAAACGCUACAUAAUAAAAUAUUACGAUACUGUAGGCGGACGCGCGAAACACUCACAACCGAAGCACGACGAAGAGUGAGCUCGAAACGGCGGGUCCUUAUUAUCUGCGCGCGCGACUUUUGUGCGCAACUUUCACAAACGUAUUUUUCGCAGCUUCUUAGCGGCGCCGUAAAUUCACGCGUUCCUAGGUGCGUCCAGACGUUAUCAGUGUGUCGUGCUUCAGACGCAGCGUUCGGCCACUGAUCUAUGAUAAUAUCAUAUUAAAUACGUAUAUCCUGUGCAGCGAUCACUGGCAUCAGCGGUGGCGUACCCCGGACGUGUUUCAUUCUAGAAUAGAUUCAUAGGAAAGUGGUGGAUAAAUGGGAAGUUUAAUUAAUCAUUAAUGGAUGGUAUUUAUAUACUGACACUUGAACUAUUAUUCAAGUACCUUUAGGGACAAUUUCAAACAGGCCACCCGCAAUAGACCAACAUCACUCAUAAGCACCCCCCUCUGGGUAAUAUACUAUUAGGUUUAGAUAUAAAUAAAUAGGUAGCCACACAAAAUAUGAUACUCCAUUACUUUUCCUCUACCCAAACUUGUGGAAAAUUUCGUAAACAAUUGACGGAAAUCAAAAAUUUUAACACCAAAAUUUAUGUAAACUAAUAUUCUAUCUACGAGUAUGUAUGCAACAUGGUGAUGUAACAUUUUAGAUCUGCUUGUUUCUUAAAUUGUCAAAACAUUUUUUUUUUUUUUCAAAUUAUUCUUUACAAAAUAAUGAGUAUUUAAUGAUAAAAAUAUCACCCUGAAUAUUAUAUAAUUAUAAUAGACACAACACAGUACAUUAGCCUCUAUUUUUAAGAAAAAUUUUUCAAAAAUACAUGAAAAAUUGAAAACCGCCUCUUUGUAUUUAGUAUGUUUAAAGGUAAUGUUUAAAACAGUAUACACAAAUAAAAUGAUAAAUAGUUACCUACUAAAAAUAAAUAAUGAUAUUACAACCUAUAUUUUAGACCCCCAAAACAUGGAUGGAUCAAUGGAAUGGUCCAAAUGACCCAGUCACAUACAUUAGAAGUGUUGUUGCAAGAACGAUUUCAGUGAAAAAAAUGAGUACUUCGAUUGAUAAAUCAUCACAGAAAAUUGACUUAAAUGAUCUCUUCCACCCAAGAACAUUUUUGAUCGCAUUAAAACAACAAACUGCCAAGUAACUAUUCAUGUUUGAUUAUAAUAAAUUAUUUUUUACAGUCAAAACUCUCAUAAGUUUUAUUAGCAUUAAAAACAAAUUAUAAAAAAUUAAAUUAAUUUACCAUUUUAAAUAUAGACAAUACAAUAUACCAAUGAACAGUCUAACACUAGACUCUUCACUUUCGACAAAUGGAUUGAAAGGAUCCAAAAUCAAUACAACAAUAUCAAAUCUAAUUAUGGAAGGUGCUACACUCUAUCACAACACACUCAUAGAAAACACAGUAGAUUCACCAUCAAUAACAGUUAUUGACGACAUUAAACUCGCAUGGAUUCCUGAGGUUUGUAAAUAAAUUUUAUAUGAGUAUUUAUUAUUUAUAUACAUAGAUUAAAAUUAUAAUAUUAUGGUGAAAUAUAAUGUUUAAUAUGCUGAUUAAAAAUAUAUUCAUAUAGUCUUUACUUUUUAUAGGAUUACACUAAGAACUUGAAAUCAGUCGAUUUACAAAUACCGGUAUAUGAAACACAAUCUAGAGAUCAUUUAAUAUCAUUGCUACCAAUAGCAAUACCCUUAAAUGAACAAAAGAAAUGGAUACUAGCUGGAGUAACAUUAUUUUUAAGAACACAUUAAUGUUGUACAAUCAAUACUAAUAACCAAAAGGUACAGUGUAGAACAUAAUUUGUUCUAAUAUAAUUAUUAUAAUACUCAAUUUAAGUAGCUUUAAUCUACUGCUAUAAUCAAUACCAUGUAACUAAAAAGAUAUUUUCUCAUGUAACAAAUUUAUACAUUACAUAUUAUUUGUUUUCAAGAUCUAAAAUAAAACUAUUAAUGUGAAUUUCAGUUGUUUUCUAGAUUGUAUUUAACAUCUAAAUAUGAAUAACUAUUCUCAAUUCAGAAUACAAAGACACCACUUCGCACAUACAUGACUAAGCAUUCAAUUGUAACAACAUUGGAAAUUGUCAACUGUAUACGAUACAUCUACACAAAACUCGAAAUGUUUUCUGAUUAUGAAUAGAGCAUAGUAGCAAACAAAAUACACAGUUAAAUAUUUCACAACAAUUUUUUAAAUUUAUUAUUUAUUCUAUAUUAUAAUAUUAAUAUUAAUUUAAUUAAUAAUACAUACAUAUAACUUAUAACUUUACAGAUAUGCUAAAAUAUUGUAUUUUUCAUACAUUCAUGUAGUAAUGAACAGAACACGUAAAUAGUAAAUUCAAAAUAUCUCAUUUUCAGACCAACAAUCGUGAGAUAAUAAUUACACAUCAACCUUAAUAAGACACUUUUAAACUCCAAAAUUUGGCUAAAAAAAUAUACAUUUAAUUUUUUUAUUUGAAGCAUUAAAAAAAAAAUUGAGUUUCUUUUUGGUCAGCUUAAACAAUUAGUUAAUAGUUAUGUAAAAUGUAAUAUUAUAAUUUACAUAGAACAUUAGACUGCGCAACACUAACCACAAGCCUAAAUUAUUAUCUAUUAUAAAUUGACAAUAAAAAUAAUAAUGAACAAAUAUCAGUCUAGUUGAAAACUCUCACUAAACGGUUUGGAAAUAUAUUUUUUAUUUUAUACAUCAAAAUAAAAUAAAUAUAUAAGUUAAAAAUUAGUUACGUGAUUUAAAUUAAGAGAUAAAAAUUAGUGAUUUAAUAAAUUUGUCUGACAUAUAUUCCUAAAAACGUUAAAAUGUAUAAAGUAAGAUUAAAAAAGUACACAAAACAACAAAAGAAAGAAAGAACAUUUAUAAUGUGUAAUACAUAAUUUAAUAAUGAAAACCCAAUAAUGUCCAAUAUGUCACAAAUAAAUUCAAUAUAAUAUCAUUGUACAAUUUAAAUGAAAAAAAUAUGUUAUUCUGUUACAAUACCCACACAAUUUAAUUUAAGUAUGUAAUUAUUUUUACAAGAAGAGUAGAAAAAAAAAUAUAUAAAGUAAAAAAAUUUGCUCAGUUAAUAUUUGAAAUUAGUAGAAUAAUAAUUUACAUAUAAAAAUAUGAAUACCAUACCAAUUUACAUUUACAUUAAAUUGGAAUUUGUUUACAUAAUGUUCAUAUUUUUGUAAAUUAAUUAUAAGAACCAGUCUACACUUUAAUUUUGUAUUAUUAUUAAUUAGAGUAGUAACUCCAAUCAUUUGAGGUAACACAAAAAAAAGAUUAUUAUUGCAUAGCUAAACCAUUUCUUUAAUAAAAUGUUAGUUUUAGUCACAAAUAAUUUGAAUUAAUUAUAUAUUUAAUAAGUACGGAAUUAAAUAUACAAUUAACUAAUAUCGAUUAUAAAAAAUUUACUACUUAUAAUUUUUUUUUUGUUAAAGAUAAAAGUUAAAUAGUUUACAAUAAUAUGGCUUAAAUGAUGCGCAGUCAGUUCAUAUACAUUACAUUUAUCAUAAAUGUUUAUUCCCAUCAAUUUAUUAGAUUAUCACUGUUCCGCGAAAAACAAAAUUAAAAAAUGUAGGAACUGACUCAUAUUCAGGUCUUAAAUAUGCCAACUAUAAAAUAAUACAAACUAAAAUGUUAUCAUGCUAACACCCAUUAAGAAUAUGCGGAAUUAGGAUUUUUAGCAUGGUUUUUAUUUGUUUUAUAUAUAUAUAUAAACUUUAUGUUUUCUCCACUCGGGUAUCAAUCAUGUAGCAUACCGUUUAGUCCACAGCCUGGCAAUUCUGUCAUGUUCGUCUCGAUUUUGUAGAUACUGUGUAGCAAUACUACCGACUAGGGGAUCAGCUAUAUAUUAUAUAGAAAAAA